AAUUUGUUUGGUGCGGUGUGCAAAAAUCGGAAACUUCUCGUAAUCAAGUUGUCAAGAAAUUUCAAUAAGAACAUUCCAAAGAAUUCAAUAUUUUAAAGAUGCCAAAAGCUGUUUGUGUACUUGCUGGAGAUGUCAAAGGAACAAUUUACUUCAAUCAAAGUUCAGAAUCUGAGCCCGUUAAAUUAACUGGUGAAGUAACUGGAUUGAAGCCUGGUCUUCAUGGCUUCCACAUUCAUGAAUUUGGCGACAAUACGAAUGGAUGCAUGUCAGCAGGACCGCAUUUCAACCCCUUCGCUAAAGAACAUGGUGGUCCAAAUCAUUCAACUCGUCAUGCUGGAGAUCUUGGCAAUGUCACUGCUGACAGCAGUGGAGUUGCUAAGGUUGACAUAUCAGACAAACAAAUUGCAUUGGCAGGUAACUUGAGCAUUUUGGGACGAACUCUUGUAGUCCAUGCUGACCCUGAUGAUUUGGGUGAUGGCGGACAUGAAUUGAGCAAGUCGACUGGCAAUGCUGGGGCACGUCUUGCUUGUGGCGUCAUCGGCAUAUGCAAGGAAUAAAUUGAAUUCCAUUUAUUGAAUUAGGCAGUGGUUUCUAUCGUCAUCUUAAAAGACUCAUCGUACAGGUUCCUCGGAUACAUCAAACAUUUUAUCAUUAAAGUCAAGGAUUUGAGGAUUGAUUUUUGUUUUUUUAAUGGACAGAAGAAUUGAAAUAAAAAUGAACUUGUUGUAUAAUUAAUUAGUUAAUGUACAAGGCAUCAGCUCAACAACCUGAAAUAAAUAGAAAAUAAAGUUUUCUUUUUUUCUUGAAAUAAA